CUUCAAAGCAUAGCUUUGGGGCAAAGGACAAAGGAUGGGAGUAUUUGAGAACUGUGGCUGGGGUAAGCCUUCUGCGAAGUGACACAGAACGGGAAGAUAUGGAGGACCUGACUAAAAGAAAGAUGCAGCGGAGAAAUGGCACGGUGAGCCCAUGCUUCUAGCCUGAGAAAUCCCAGUUGGAAAGCUGCUCACCCGCCUCCUCUGUGCCUGGUGGUCCUUCGCUCACCAGAGAAGAAGGGAUGGCUGUCAGCCACCUCCCAGCCCAGGUCCAGGACUUGGUGACCUUCAAGGAUGUGGCUGUGCUCUUCACCCAGGAGGAGUGGGGGCAGCUGAGCUCUGCCCAGCGAGCCUUGUACAGGGACGUGAUGCUGGAGAACUACAGCAACAUGGUCUCGCUGGGACUCUUGGGGUCCAAACCAGAUAUGUUUGUUCACCUGAAAAAAGCAGAAGAAUGCAUGUCAGAGGAUGCUCCAGAGGGCUUUGUUCUUGGAGGGAUUACAAAGACCGUGAGUAAGAAAUUUCUCAAGGUGGGAAUCCCUAAGAAAGGACCGGAUCAGUGGAUACUGAAGGAGAGAGUCGCCCGAGAGAGUCACCUGGAGUGUGCUGACCUGUUAGACUGCCAAUGCUGGGGAGGUCAGGAGGUCAGUUUGUGGCAGGUGAUCCUCACCCAACAGAACACUCCAUCUAAGCUCAGUGAGCAGAAAGUCGAGGAGUCAGAGAAGGGCUGCCCAGUGAGUCCGUUAUCCGCGCAAAGCCAGAGAUCUCCAGCAAGCAAAAAAGCUUUGGAAUGCGGUGAGUGUGGGAGAGCCUUCUGUAAGAGUUCCGCCCUUAAGAAACAUCAGAAAACUCAUGCUGAAAAACUCAACCCGAGUCAGAAAAUGCCACUUAAAGACAAGCGCUAUGAAUGUAGAGAAUGUGGGAAAGCCUUUCACCAGAGUACACACCUUAUCCAUCACCAAAGAAUUCACACCGGCGAGAAGCCGUAUGAAUGUAAAGACUGUGGCAAGGCCUUCUCAGUGAGCUCUUCGCUUACCUACCACCAGAAAAUCCACACUGGAGAAAAGCCUUUUGAAUGCAACGUCUGUGGAAAAGCCUUUCUCCGGAACAUACAUCUUUCCCACCAUGAGAGAAUACAUACUGGAGAGAAACCUUUCCAGUGUGACAUUUGUGACAAAGCUUUCGUUUGCAGAGCACAUCUUACCAAACACCAGAAUAUUCACAGUGGCAAGAAACCCUAUAAAUGUAAUGAAUGCGGGAAGGCCUUCAAUCAGAGUACAAGUUUUCUUCAGCAUCAGAGAAUACACACUGGAGAGAAACCCUUUGAAUGCAAUGAGUGUGGGAAGGCCUUCAGGGUGAACUCUUCCCUGACUGAACACCAGAGAAUUCACACCGGGGAGAAACCAUAUAAAUGCAACGAGUGUGGCAAAGCAUUCAGGGAUAAUUCAUCCUUUGCGAGACAUCGGAAAAUUCACACUGGCGAGAAACCCUGCCAGUGUGGCUUGUGCGAGAAGGCAUUCAGGGACCAGUCAGCCCUCGCCCAGCACCAGAGAGUCCACACUGGGGAAAAGCCUUUCACGUGUAACACCUGUGAGAAAGCCUUCAGCGACCAUUCAGCCCUUACCCAACAUAAGAGAAUCCACACGAGAGAAAAACCAUACACCUGUAAAGCCUGCGGGAAAGCAUUUAUCCGAAGCACGCACCUCACUCAGCACCUCAGGAUUCACACGGGAGAGAAGCCUUAUAAAUGUAACAGGUGUGGGAAAGCUUUCAACCAGACUGCGAACCUCAUCCAGCAUCAGAGGCACCACACCAGAGGAAAAUGAUAUGAAUGUGGUUCCUACGGAAAUGCUGUGGGAACAAUGCCAUUAGUUAUGGAAUAUAAGAGAAUCACAACAAAGCCCUUCGUCAGGGCGGUUGUAUUUACUGAGAGCCAGGUUUCGCAAUGCCAUGAGUCUUGAGAAUUUUAAGAAGGGUGAACGCACCUUACUCUCUAGCACUGCCUCAGCUGAAUAAAGUACUUUUAAUUGGCAUGAAUUACCAACUAUUAGAACGGAAAUGAAACUUCAUCAAAAGUAUAAAUGUCAGUUAUCAAACUUACCAUUUUAAAAGAAUUAUAAAGUUAUAACACUUAAGAUUG